AUGACAGUUUGUGUGAUUAAAGUGUGCAGAAGUUAUAAAGGACGUUCUAAGGCACCAAGAAAAGUCACUUUUCAUCGAUUACCAACUGAACCAAUAUUACGAAACCGAUGGAUAGACAUAAUACAAAAAAGCCGUGGUGACGAAUUUUGGAAACCAACAAAAAAUUCUGUGGCUUUGUUUAUAUCGUCAGUGCAGUCUGAUGUAAGUGACGUUUCGGAUAAUGAAGAAAAUACCUUAAAAGUGUCCGCCUCAGGGAGUUCCACGACACUGCCUAAAGACACACCCAGUAAAAUAGAAGCAUCCUUACCCGAGGCGAAGGAUAUCAUCGCCAGUGUGUACCACUAUCUCCAAACUGAGUACGAAAACUUGAAGAGUUACACCGGAGGCAGUUGUGAUUUUAGUCCCCUGGCCAAUAUCUUGAAACGUACUGCUGCAGCCACUGGUGUCAGUGAACAGACCGUCACCGCGGUUAUACAAGACAGCAAGCAGUCAGAGAAGUCCACGCUUGACCCUGUUCCAAGCAAACGCGCCAAAUUGAGCCACGAUAUUAAGCAUGAGUGUGUAAGCCCGAUCAAAGAAAUGUCAAGGUGUGGAAGUGCCAAAGAUGGUGAGCACCCAGACAGUGGGAGCCAAUUCGAUGUAAAGGAACACCCAUUAGAAACGCUGAAGGUUGAAGUACAUGACUCUGAUGAACACCACAGUGUUGGCAGUCAUGAAUUCUGGUUGAAAAUAGAAACUUCAUCAAAGCAGAAAGAUCGUGCAAAACAUCAGUCAUUACCACCAACGGUUACAACACGCACUGAGGUUAAGCAGGAGCCUGUUGACGUCGAAGAUCAUGAACAAUUGGAAGGAGGUGAUGCUGUGGAGGAUACAGCCAGUGUUGAACCUCGAAUAUCUGAUACGGUAUUUUCUUCAGUAUCUACAACACAAGCUGAGAGGCGACCCGACUGA